GCCAAUACGCGUCGGCGUUCCCGUCCAGACGUUCUCCAUUGGCUGGUUCAAAAUGGCGGCAUUUUAAACAGCAGGGCGGAGCUCCUCGCGACGGUUGAGGUUGUGUUUGCGACGUUCUCCCAGAAGAAGUCUGCGCGGAGCGAUUUGGGGAGAAUUUUUGUGAUUUUUGAGGCGCUUCUAAGGUGGGGUUUGUUGGGGCAGAAAUCGUCCAGAAUGACCGAAAAGGAGCCUGAGGCCUCCGAGCUCUACGAGUUCGACGCUCCGUCCCACGUCGUGGACUUCAUGGAGCUGGUGAACGCCGAGACCGACGACAAGUGGUUCGAUGAACGGGCCUCUGUGGAGGAUGUGAACCUGGUCACUCCUCUAAAACCGGACCCCAUGCAGGCCAAAGGACCCCAGGCUGAUGUGAUCCCUCAGCCUGUGCCGGACUGCAGCUCUGGUCAGGACAAGUCUCCGCCAUCAAACAUUGUAACGUCAUGGGGGGCAGAAACCAGGAAAGCGGCUAAAGUGAGGAGGACCGUGAAGGAACACCCUGCCCAGCCAAGCAGGGUUUUAAAGCGUAAAACGAUGACUACCACUCAGACUGCACCACCACCAAAGAAAUCUAAAGAGACUCAAGUCGCUCCAAAAGACAGCAGUGCACAGCCGGGCUGUCGCAGGAGCGCACGGCUGAAUGCUUCGGCUGCAAACGACGGCGCCGCCCCCCCCACCUCAAAGGCAGAGCUGGUGUCCUCUGAAGAGCUGGAGAUGGAGCGGAUCAAGAACCUGCAGAGGGAGGUGGCCCUGCAUCGCAUGCAGAACGAGGCCAGCUACAAGGCUGCGCUGGCAGGCAAUCCUCCACCAAAGAAGGCGGUGCUGUCCACCACCGUGCCCAAAGACUUCCACUUCAGCACAGACGGCCGCAUCAAAGCCGCUGCCUCUUCACAGUCCUCCAAGAGGGAGGUGGACUUCAUCCAUCAGCUCCGCAAACCAGCGUCUCCGGCAAAGACCAGGAGAGGAGCCACCAUGCCCAAACCUUUUAACCUUUCGGCGGGUAACAGGAAGAAGGACGAGUCUGCUGCCUACGUGCCCAUGGCCCAGCAGAUCCAGCAGUUUCAGAAGAAAACGCCGGUCCGCUACCACAUGCGCAGCCGGCGAAUCCAGGAGAAAGUGAAAGCGAGCCACCUGAAGCUCACCCAGCCCCACUCGCCUCACCUGAUGACGCGGCAGAGAGGCAGAGCCACCUCGGUGAAGAGCAGCGCGGAGCUGGAGGCAGAAGAGAUGGAGAAACAGAAGAAGUUUCGAAUCAAAGCCCUGGAGCUGAACAAGAAGAUCCUGGAGGGAGCAGAGGAGCUGAAGAAGCCGCCGGUGAAGGAGCCCACCGUACCUGAAGGCUUUGAGCUGGAGAUCGAGAGGAGGCUCCAGGAGAGGCAGGCCACCAAGAAGACGCAGGAGAACCAGGAGACAGCCCACAGCUUCAAAGCCAACCCUCUGCCCAAAAAGGUCCUCGAUGGAGUCGUGGGACUCCCCGAGAAGAAAGUGCUGCAUCCAACGGUGCCGGAAUCGCCUGCGUUCGCCCUCAAGAAGAGGAUCCGCCUGGACCGGAAGGUUGAAGAGGUAAAGCAGCCCUCUCCCGUGAAGGCCCCGCCAGUGCCCCACUUUGGCCUUCCGUUCCAGCCCCGCCUCCCCGAGGACCACCACGUGGACGUGUGUCCCUUCUCCUUUGAGGAGAGGGAGCGGGAGAGGCGGGCUUUAAAGGAGAAGAGGCUGGAGGAACUGAGAAACGAGGAGGUCCCACAGUUCAAGGCGCAGCCGCUGCCGGACUUUGACAGCGUGGUUCUCCCCGAGAAGAAGAAGCUCGAGGCCACCAAGCCUGAACCCUUCAAGCUGCUGAUAGAUGAGCGUGGAGCAGUGAAGAGCAGCCGCUGGGAGCAGAUGGUGAAGGAGGAGCAGAAGCACCAGGAGGAGGCGGCGGUGUUCAAGGCCCGGCCCAACACCGUCAUCCAUAAGGAACCGUUCCGGCCCAAGAAGGAGAGCCGCCCCGCACUGGACAUUCAUUCUUCUGCAGUGGCGGAAACCUUCGAGCUGGCGACCGAGCGCCGCGCCAAAGAGUGGCAGGAGUACGAGCGCACGGUCAGCGAGAAGGAGGCGCUCAGGGCGCGCAUGGAGGCGGAGCAGAGGCGGGAGGAGGAGCAGCGGCUGAAGGAGGAGAUCGCCAUGCUGCGGCAGGAACAGGUGCACAAGGCUCAGCCCAUCCGGCAGUACAAGCCUGUGAUGGUGAAGAAGAGCGAGAUCCCCCUCACCGUUCCCGCCUCGCCCAACUUCUCCGACCGCUUCCGCCUCUGAACACGCCGCCUCCUGCUGUUUUUAUACGUUAGUGUUUUGACUCCUGUGUAGUAAACGGCGUGCUCUAUGAACUCACGCCUUCAAGUAAAACCUUCCAGGUGUGGCCCCGCUCUGGGAGUUUGUAAAUUGUGUACAUUUACUUCUUCAGUUGAACUUUGUCUGUCGCCCUCUGAGGUCAGCCUCCUCCUUAUUGUGCAUAAAUGUAUCGACUGUUUCUAAAUAAAAUGUGAACUCUU